UGUCGCAUCAAUGACAAGUGGAAGGGAAUCAAUAUUUUCCAUUUAAUAUCGUAACAUUUUGCGUUUUUAAUAGAUCCAAAUAAAUCACAUCCUACUUUAACAUGCUUUGACACGCGUAUGAAUAUAGAGUACACUACGUAGAGCACAAGGGUUGACAGAGUCCUUCGACGAAGCUGGCAACGAUUCUAGGCCACUCGAUACGGAAGCUCGGCGCCAGUUAUUUACGACGAGACAAAGCCUAUUAUAGUCUCCCAUUCGGUCAUUCGACAUUGAAUUUUGACUAUGCGAGCCAAGGACAAAAAAAGCACGUUCUUUGCAUCAAAUUAAACAAUACAACAUUCUUGCUUUUUAUUCGCUAACGAAUUACAUCUAGGUCGGCGAACGAGCUGAUGGAAAGUGGUAGGCUCGAAACAAAGAGGUGGAAACGAUAGAGAAAGGAUGAAACGAGAAUAAAAGGCAUUGAAAAAGGAAGGAAAGAAAGCAAGCGAAGAAAAGUAUUCGAUCCGAUUCGGAGGAGAGAACCGCCAACAACCCCACGAGGCAACGAAACGCAUGCGCGGCGUAUCUUCGACGAAGGUUCGAGAAAGAAAGGAGCUCUGCGUUGCUUUAUUGACUAUCGUCGUCCUUCCCUCGCAGACGAAUUCGUGGAAUGCGAGAACGAAGACGCGCCUCACGAUCGUCGCUUUCUAAACCGUGAAAGAUCAAGGGAUUGGCACAUUCGACUCUCCCGAAAGAUAUACUUGUCUACUGUCCACGAAUAAUACGAGGAUUCGAUAUGCGACUCAGGGAAGCCAUCGUCUCGCUACCUUUGCAUCCUGGAGGACUGAACAACAAUCAGCUUCAUAGAAGCAACGAGAGUCAAUCAACGACGGAGGAGGUUGCCAACCAAAACGACUCAUCCUCGUCGACGGAUUUCGGCUUGGAAGAAACGGUCGAGUUUCACGUCGCCGAGGACACUACCACGUGGUCCUCGCUCGCUAUAGCGCGGGACAACAUUCAGCUUGAAUCGGCCAACAACGGACGCAACAACAUCAACAAUAAUUUGACCACCUCGAGGAUUCGUCGAAACAGUUCGAUCGAUAGUCUUGCCGAUUACGAAGGGCGUAACUCUUCUCGGGAGGAUUCGUCGUCCCACGAGUUGACUCCGUCCGAGUGGUCGGAUCUCUCCGAGGAGGGAAAUCUUCCGUCUGGUUGUUGCGGCAUCGUUAAUACCAACUAUCCAGGAUUUCAACAUCUGGCGCCUUCCUUGCUCUCGGACACCGACCUUACCGAAGACGAGCACGACAGCUGCCCGGAUUAUAUCCGUUUGAACGACAUCGACGCUCGCUCCAGCGAAAACGGCAACGAGUAUAACAACAAUAUCGACGAGAGUAUCAAUCAUCUUUGCGGACAGAGAAACGAUCGAAAGACCUUUUACGAAAAGCCUAAAUUUAAUAUACAGACGGUGACUUCUCUGUACGAGUCAGUGGUGCCACCCUCGGAGAAGUGUAUAAACUACGUGAAGAGCGUGGAGGUUUCGAGGUCGGAGGAGAAGGCUCUUUCGCCAGAACCGGAGAUAAUCGAGACUGAAAAUUUCUUGACAUUGGAAUCCGAAGAAGCGUUCCGUCAUUCCGAGGAUAUUCUCAAAAACGAACGCGACAGAGAGCUGAACGUAGAGCUCGAGGUCUUCAAAUUGUCGAUCGGCGUGAAGGAGACGCUCCAAUUUCCAGAGAUCGAGGAGAUUUUAGAUUCGGGGAAAACCAGCGAAGUAGGCGAGACGGAGGAUAGCGUGGUGGAGCACAUCGACCUCAUACGCGAGGCAAAGGAAUUGCCUCGCACCGACCGCUCCAAAAUAGGCAACCAAGCGACGACAACGUCGACGGCGACGGCAACGACGAUCGUGUCGAACGGUUCUCCUGGUGACUCUGAGACUAACACCGACACCGAAGGUUACACGGAAGAACAGUCAACGUACGCGAAGCUCGAAGAAAUCGAUCUCCUCUCGAGCAUCGGCCGAGACAUCGGCGUUGAUCUCGAAAAAUACGUUCAGUCCGUUCCGGACGUCGUAGCCAUGGAGGCCGUUGACACCGUGCGUGGCUCGUCGCGCGGCUCUUCGCGCGGCUCUUCGCGCUCCGCGUCCGGCAAUCGCAACAUGCUCAAGGAUCCUGUCUCAGAAGACACGAACAAGAUUUUAGACCGAGAUCUUUCCGACGCGUCGAGCGCCGACUGUAGGAAGAAAGAAAAGAUGGUGAGGAACCAGGCAAAGAGAAGGCAACAACAACAACAGCAGCAGCAACAGCAGCAACAACAGCAACAGCAGCAACAACAACCACUUCGGUCGUCCAACUCGCGACGGCCAGAUAAGCGAAGGGCCGAUACCGAGAGCGGUCCAGGUGGAUUUGACGUCUUCAACAUCGAAACGGCAAUGCCAAAGAUCGACUUGGAUGCGAUCGAGUCGCAUUUGAGAGCUGCGCGUGAAGAAGAGCGACGGGAAGAUGACAACGACACGACGAGAGCACCCGUUCCAGUACCAGAAGUCACGGUGCUUGAGAAACCGAAAGAAGAGAAAGAUCCCGAGAGGGAAGAUUUGAUCGCUCGAUUCGAUAGAUUGAUCCGAGGAGAUCCGGAUGAUACGCUCGAGCGACGGAACGACCGUGAGGAGAUUAGAAGAAGACUCGCGAUGGGUCCGGACGCCGAAGACAUGCGCGCUGAACGCGGAAGAAAGCCAAGCCUUCAGUCUCGCCUACAAAGUGGCAUGAAUCUCCAAAUUUGCUUCAUGAACGAGACACCGUCGGACACAGAAUCGUCAUGUUCGGAGAGCGACGCUUUGCCAGGAUCUACACCAAUGUCCCGUGGAUCGAAACAGCAAGCGAAGCAGCAAGCGAAGCAACAAGCACCCGCCAGACCGCAAGUACUCAGCCUUCCACCGUUGAGACUCGACUCGGGUACAAAUUCAGCACCGGUGGACGAGGCAGAUUUUUUUGCACGCCAAGCGAGACUUCAAACGGAAGCACGCAUGGCACUCGCACAGGCUAAAGAAAUGGCUCAUAUGCAAAUGGAAGUGGAAAGACAAAGGCUCAAACAAAGUCCUAUCACGGAAAUGGUACGAUCCAGUCUGGAAAAAGUUGGCGUUCAACUGGGGGAAGAUAGACGACGAUUAUCUAGAGUUUUACUCACGGAACUCAAUGUCGCACAGCUUCAAGUAAUAGCUAAUGAUCUACACGCGAGAAUCGCUGCUUUGAACGAAGCUCUGGUCGAAGGACUCUUGAGAAGGGACGAUCUACAUAUGGAGCAAGAUUCGAUGCUCGUCGACGUUGAGGAUCUUACCCGAUACUUAGGUGCCAAGCAGGAAUCGAUGAAGAAGAAACAACAAACGGCCGCGGCGAAUCGAAACAAUCAACAACAGACGACGGUCGGUCAAACGAAGAACACGAUCAAGCCGAAGUUGACGCACCGUAGUUUAGUCGCUCUCGUUAGGAAAUAAUCUUUUGCCACGAGACUACGCAGUCUCGUCGGAAAUUAAACGAGCGGAGCUAAUCACCAGGGACGAUGAAGCUUUGCAGCAUCUUAAAAUGUUCGAAGAACAAAAGGGAAGACGAGGAUCGCUAUAACCUGGAUGAAAAAGAAAGCUGCAAUCUUUGAACGAAAUCCGAGGUGUGCCUGCUUAGACUUUUGCAGACAGUGUUUCAAAGGGGGGAAAAAAAAGUUUUUUCCAGAAUUUCCAAAGGUUUUUACAGCUUUGUCGUUAUCAAGUCGCAAAGUAGUUUUACCUACCUACGUAUAUACAUAGACGGUCAAGUAGCAACGAGCAAGAUUAACUACGUUUCAGUCCGAGAGGUGCACUCUCUUUCUAUAUCCGGAUCCAGAAGAUCUGAUUGUAAUCCACAACUAUGCAUGCAUAUGUUUACCGAGUGUAUCGACAUCGCCUUUAUAUAAUAGUGCGCCAAAAUAACGGCAAAUCUCUUCUAUGUUGUAUAUAGGUCGAGAUUUCUUAGCGGAUGCACGUGUCUACGAUCGUAUUUCCUUCAUUGUCGCGUGCAUAAUUUCUUUUCCAUGGUCUUCCAAAAAUUAUCUCCCGUUUUCAUUUUCCUUUUUUUUCUUUGUCCUUCUUUCUUUCUUCGCACUAUGAAAAAAACGUGUGUUACAUAUCAAACAGGUAGAAAAAAUAUAGUUUUAUUAGUUGAUAAAAAGGCAAUUACAUCCUCGCGUCUACAGAUACGUUUCUGUUGUAAUCAUCGGAUUUAACAAGAGUGUGCAUUGAAGGAAAUAUUAAUAACCGUGCGAAUUUCUUUUAGACAACAUCGUCGAUCAAUUUGCAUAUCAUUAAUCAUGCAUCCGAAAGUAUACCGGAUCUUCCUACCUUUCGUCGCAUAUACAAUACUUAUGACAAUUAAUGGAUGCAUCCCUCUCUUGGUGGAAAGUAGUGAGAUACGUUGAAGUAGGUACACGUUUCUUAUCCGUACAAAAAGUGCAGGAUGUUACCUCACUUGGCGUGUCAUUCUUGCGAAGACAACGUCAUAACGAUCUCUACGAAACACUCUUUAACACGCGUGGUGCACGCGAACGUUUCGCAAAGAUCUAUCUUAAUUAAUUCAAGAAGCGCUUCAUCUACGAUGCGUUGUCGUGAAUGAACGCUAAAGGAGGUCGCUAAUUAACUUUGGAUCGUGCAGUCUAAUUAACUGUUUGAGCAUUGUUUACUAUCCCGAGACGAUGAGACACAAGGAUACAUCUUUUUAUGUGACAACGGCGCGAACGCAAAGCACGAUAUGGCAGAAGGCAGUUUGCAUGCACGUUUGUACGAUACUUGAAUUUGCAUUCCUUCGUCUCUUCGUUGAUGCAUUCAUCUGCCGACCGUAUUUUUGGGAAAUAAAUAGAAUCCCUGAUCGAGCUUUAGCCGCGUAUAUGAAAGCACGAGAAUACGCGAUAUUGUCGUGCGUGUACGCGCAUAGAUGCAGGGUGAUGCGCACUUCGAAGUGCACGAUCGAUUCGAGAAAACGAAAAGCAAGUGAUGUAACAACGAAGGAUUUUAAUAUUGAGGCCUUGCAAAAGAUAGGAAGAAAAGCAACAAGAUUCUGGAUCAUCGAGACAAACACAUAGGCAAACAUAGACAAACAGUAGAAGGUAUUUAUAAUAUUAAAGAAAAUAAAAAAACCUCAAACUUGAAUCCAUCCUCGAGGAGGACCGCCGUCGGACGAUUGGAUCGGCUGUCAUAGAAAACUCUACACACUUGCGUAUUAUCUACAAAAUACUUUUAAUCGUAAUAUUAAUUAAUAAUAUACAGAUUGUAAAUAACUAAACAAUAAUAAAAUAUGCUGUAACAAGUUC